GCCUACCAGGCGAGAACAUAAAUGGGCGAAAUGCCCGUCUAGAUCUGGUCUUGACCUUUUGUCUCCUUCCAACCAGUUCAUUCUGUCUCGAACCAAGCUGCUCCUAAAUAUGCCGUCAUACCUUGUCACCGGAGCCUCUCGAGGCAUUGGAUGGGAACUCUUCCGCCAGCUGGCGAGCAAUGCCGACAACACCGUCAUCGGUCUGGUGCGCAACAAGGCGGAGACCGAGAAGAAAGUCACCGACGAGUUUCCGGCCGGCGGGGACCGUCUCCAUAUCAUCCAAGGGGAUAUUACGGACUAUGCCUCCCUUCAGGCCGCGGCCACCGAAACCGCCCAAAUCACCGGCGGAGGGCUCGACUACCUCAUCGCCAACGCCGGCGUCGUCUCGCACUUUGACGCCUACGACCCGAUCGGAGUCCUAGGCCAGAACCCCACCGCGCUCGAGGAAGAGCUCACGCACCUAUUCAAAGUCAACGUGGUCGGCAACAUCCACCUCUUCAACGUCUUCAUCCCGCUCAUCCAGCGCGGCACGGCCAAGAAGGUCAUCGCCAUCUCCAGCGGCCAGGCGGCCCUGGACAUGAUCCCCAAGCUCAAGAUCGAGGUCGCCUCGCUGUACGCCAUCAGCAAGGCGGCGCUCAACACCGCCGUUGCCAAGUUCGGCGUGCAGUACGCCAAGGAGGGCAUUUUGUUUCUGAGUGUCUGUCCCGGGAUGGUGGAUACGGGGCAUUAUGUUGAUGCGACCCCGGAACAGAUGCAAGGGCUGAUGGCCAUGCUGGGCUCCUUUGUCGAGUAUGCCCCGCAUUUCAAGGGGCCGGCUACCACCGAGGCGGCGGUUAAGGAUGUGCUCGCCGUGGUGGAGAAGGCUAGCGUCGAGAAGGGGGACGCCGGGGCUUUUGUGUCGCAUUAUGGAAAUCAGCAGUGGCUGUAGGUGGGUUGCUGUGUGUACGAUUGAGAACUCGCGCGAUCAUCCCACUCGGUUAAGACGCCAGCUUUCCUUUGCUCUUAUCUCCAUCGGUUGGUCGGAGAGGCAAUGCGAUAUAUAUUAGUUCUUGUCGCUUUACAACGGAUGAAAUCGAAGCACGCGAUGGCGAUUUGCUAGAGGUAUAAGAGAACUUGUCGAGUACGUUGUGUAGGAAGAGAUUAGCUGUCAAGAAUGUCCUGGGUAGGAUGCAUACUGUUUAUAUUUAAGGUAGAGGAG